UCUAACAUCGAGACUCCGACAACUAAUUUUUGUCCUAAACGUGCGUCUCUAGCUCCCCAAGUAUGCAAAGUUGCGUCUUAAUUCACAAUAUGAUCAAGACACCAAAACGGCGAUAAGUUUGGUCGUUUCAAAGUUUGUCCUCAAAUUCGUCGUUAGAGCAGGUGAGAUUAGGUUAUCUUCUCUUCUCUACUUAUCUCCUUCAUCGAAGCUACUCCAUCUUCUAUAUGGUGGAAGUAAUAUUUAUGACCCGGUUUGGAAACUAUAAACCCUUAAGAGAGAAAAGGAUAAAGUCGAAACCUUUAAGAAAAAAAAAUUCUUUAAACCAAGAAUGAUUCGCAAUCUUUUCUCAUCUCUGACUCACCGAUUCGCCUGGAGGGUUCCGCUUUUCGUCUACGGCGUGACGUGGACGUUGUUUCUGACGAUCACGGUCGCGAUCAUCUCGCUCGCACCGGAAUUUGCAUUCGUCUCGGCUAUUUACCCGUCUUCUUCUUCUUCUUCGGUGGGGUUCUCGCGGCGGUGCGGUUCCGAUGCAGCUGUUUUGGUUCCGUUGGAUCUUCCCACGGAAAUGUUCUGUUUGCCGGCGAAUCUUUUCCGGAGGUCGAAGAUGGACCUCGUUGUUCCGCCGGUUUUUGCAGCGAUUGUUGUGGCUCUUUCCGCCGUCGUCGUACGAACUAUGGGCCUUUGGGAGGCUGAAGAAGAAACCCACUAAUUUAGGCCCAUUAAUACACUAUUGACAUCGCAUAGACCACUAAAAAUAUUCUCAUACAUCUAGUUAUUAUAUGUGCAUCCUUUUUUUUUAUAACCUUGUAAUAUAUGUACUUCCCUUAAUACAAUUUGGAUCAAUUAUAGAUUACUAGAGGAAAAUGUUACUUCAAUCGAUAACGUUUUCUGAUUAUUGUAUCCCAUGAAAAAAAAACAUGUGGUGAUAUAUAAUAAAGAUGUGUGUCAAUGUAACAACAUUAUCAAGAAAUAUUCAUUUUGAGUUGUUGGUA